CCUUUGAACCUUCUUAGCGAAAUCCUUUCCAUUUUUCAACUCCGAACCUUCGUACUAAACUUACACAUAGAAAUUUCCGGUCAUUUGCCAAGAGCCUCAAACCUUCUCACUCUCUCUGCGUUUUUGGAGGUAGUGGGAGUUGAAAGAGAGCCAAACGCCUCAAACCAUAUCACUCUCUUCGCUUUUAUAGAGAUAGAAAUGGGUGCCGGAUUCUCUCUUUGCUUCCGGCCAUCAAAUACGAUAUCCAAUCUCAACGACUCGUCGGAAUUAGAGAACUUAAGCAAGGAAAGUUACUCGCUGCCUGAGUUCAGCUUGAACCAACUUAAAGCUGCCACAGAGGGAUUCUUGCCGGAGAACAUUGUUUCCGACGACGGGGAGAAAGCUCCAAAUGUUGUCUACAGAGGCAUGCUCGAAGAUGGCCGUUGGAUCGCCAUUAAGCGCUUCAAGUACUCGGCUUGGCCUGAUUCCCUCCAAUUUCUUGCUGAGGCUAGAGCUGUGGGGCAGCUGAGAAACAAACGUUUGGCGAAUUUGAUAGGGUGUUGCUGUGAAGGCAAUGAGAGAUUGCUUGUGGCUGAGUUCAUGCCUAAUCAAACUCUCUCUAAACAUCUGUUCCAUAGGGAGUCCCACCCCAUGAAAGGGACUAUGAGGUUGCGAGUGGCUCUGUAUCUAGCACAAGCUUUGGUGUAUUGCAGUAGCAAAGGGCGGCCAUUGUACCAUGAUCUUAAUGCCUCUAGAGUCCUGUUUGAUCAGAAUGGAAAUCCCAGACUAUCCUGCUUUGGCCUUAUGAAGAGUAGCAAAGAUGGCAAGAGCUACAGCUCCAACCUAGCUUACCCUCCAGAAUACACCAGGACAGGAAGAGUUACACCAGAAAGUUUGAUUUAUAGCUUUGGGACCUUAUUGCUUGAUCUGCUCAGUAGCAGUCAUACCCACCCAAGCCAUGCAGUAGAUCUCAUACACGACAAAGGUUUCCUGAUGCAUUUGGACUCAUGCUUGGUGGAUCAUUUCUCAAAAGAUGAUGGAAAUGAGCUGUUGCGGUUAGCUUCACAAUGCUUGCAGUUUGAUCCUUGUAAGAGACCAAAUCAUAAGUCUCUUGUGACUACCCUCAUUCCUCUUCAGAAAGAAACAGAGCAGGUUCCAUCAUUCGUUUUGAUGGAUAUUCCACAUGGAAAUGUGCCUCCAAAGCAAUUGUCACCUUUAGGUGAAGCUUGCUCAAGAUUGGAUCUUACUGCGAUACAUAAAGUACUGGAGAUGGCUGGAUACAAGGCUGAUGUUGAAUCUGAGGCUGAAAAGGAACCUUCUUUCGAUAUGUGGACUGAUCCAAUGCAGCAAGCACUAAAUUCCAGGAAGCAGGGAGAUGCUGCAUUUAGAGCUAAAGACUUUGGUACUGCAAUAGGUUGUUACACAAAAUUCAUUAAUAGUGGGAGCUUGGAAUCCCGAACCGUGUAUGUUAGACGUUGCUUGUGUUACUUGAUGACUGACAGGGCAGAAGAAGCUCUUAAAGAUAGUAUGAAUGCCCUAGUACUACACCAUUUAUGGCCGACUGCCUUCUAUCUUCAAGCUGCUGCCCUAAAGAUCCUAGGGAUGGAUAAUGAUGCAAAGGAUAUUCUGAAAGAAGGUGCAUCAUUGGAAGCCAUGAAAAACAAAAGAGCUCAGAUUGUAUAAGUCUAAAUUCCCCCUUCUUUCAUUCAAACUCGUAUCUAGUUUUCCAAUUUUUAUAUGUGUUGAGCAAAAUUCAAACUACUUGUUUUGUUUCCACUUGUAUACUCAUAUAAUGGUACUAUAUAGUUUGGGUUUUUCUGAGUUUCUAAUCUGUCCUUGGAUCAUAUCACCUUUUGUACUAUAGAUUUUGAUGCAUCAAUACACCCAUUAGUGUUUA